GCUGUUAAAGGUUGUUCAGUUCCAUUCAAACACUCGACGAUUGACGAUGAAGCUCUGGCUGGGAAUUUCGUUGGCUCUUUUGGCCUUGGCCCAAACCAAUGGAAGUAUAUUUGAAAGGACCUUCAAGCGGAUCCAUGAAGAGCCUCCAUUGCCGGCCAAUCAAAACCGAGCGGAUGUAGUGCAGACCCUCUGGAUCGAACAGAAAUUGGAUCAUUUCGAACCUUCGGAAACGCGAACCUGGCAAAUGCGUUAUAUGCUCAACGAUGCUCUAUACAAGUCUGGUUCACCUCUGUUUAUUUAUCUUGGAGGAGAAUGGGAGAUCUCCUCGGGCAGAAUAACUGGAGGCCACCUUUACGACAUGGCCAAGGAGCACAAUGCUCUUCUGGCCUACACUGAGCACCGCUACUAUGGACAGAGCAAGCCCCUGCCGGAUCUUUCCAAUGAAAACAUUAAGUUCUUGAGUGUAAAUCAGUCCUUGGCUGAUCUUGCUCAUUUCAUCCAUACUAUAAAGGCAAACCAUGAGGGUUUGUCCGAGUCCAAGGUCUUUAUCGUGGGUGGUUCCUACUCCGCCACAAUGGUCACCUGGUUCAAGAAGCUCUAUCCCGAUUUAGUAGUUGGUGGUUGGGCCUCAAGUGCUCCGCUCUUUGCCAAGGUUAACUUUGUGGAGUACAAGGAAGUCACUGGCCAAUCCAUCGAACAGAUGGGUGGCUCCGCCUGCUACAAGCGAAUUGAGAACGGCAUUGCCGAGAUGGAGUCCAUGCUGGCCACCAAACGAGGCGGUGAGGUCAAAGCCAUGCUCAAGCUCUGUGAACCCUUCGAUGUCUAUAGCGAUCUAGACAUCUGGACCUUGUUUAGCGAGAUUUCCGAUAUCUUUGCGGGCGUAGUUCAGACUCAUAAUGCUGGCCAAAUCGAGGGUGUUUGCCAGAAGAUAAUGGCUGGUUCAAAUGAUCUGAAUGGAGUUGCUGACUUUUUGGUGGAUUAUUUCGGCGAGAGUGGUGGCAAAUGUAACGAUCUUAGCUAUGAUGCUAUAAUUGGAGUGCUUCUAGACACCAGUUACAAUGGCAAUAUCAUGCGUCAGUGGAUAUUCCAGACCUGCAAUGAGUAUGGUUGGUAUCAAACCUCGGGCUCCAGAGCUCAACCCUUUGGCACCAAGUUCCCUGUUAUAUACUAUACCACCAUGUGCGCUGAUCUUUAUGGCUCUCAGUAUAGCAACGAGUUCAUUACCAACCAAGUGAGUGUCACCAAUCAAUUCUUUGGUGGAUUGUCUCCCGGUGUGGAAAAUGUUUACUUCAGUCACGGACAAUUGGAUCCCUGGAGGGCAAUGGGAAUUCAAGAUGCCGAACAGGCCACCAUCAUUCCAGAAUAUGCCCAUUGCAAGGACUUCAGUUCAAUUAGCUCUUCUGACACCGCUGAGAUGAAAGCUUCAAAGGAACGCAUUGCUGAGCUUGUUCGCGAGUGGGUUAAAUAAUUGCAUAUAAAAUGAUUAUGAGGGAAAACCCCAGUUUAAAAUUAAGUGGAAUAAACAACAAACAAACCAAAAA